UCCUUCCGCCUGGAGACUCAUGUCGCGGCCCCAGUUCUCACUCCCAUUGCGUUUCCGUUUUCUAGAGCAGCCAAUCAACGUCUCCGCGGUUCCCGGUUAUCAAGUCUCCACCACAGACCAGAACUCAGAUUCAUCCCAGACUGGCAGGAUGCGGGACGUGGGGCUCCGAAACCUCCUCCUGCUGUUUUGGGAGGCCUUGGUCCUGACCCGGACCUGGGCAGGCUCGCACUCCAUGAGAUAUUUCCACACUGUGGCGUCCCGGCCCGGCCGCGGGGAGCCCCGCCUCAUCGUCGUCGGCUACGUGGACGACACGCAGUUCGUGCGGUUCGACAGCGACGCCGCGAGUCCGAGGAUGGAGCCGCGGGCGCCGUGGAUGGAGCAGGAGGGGCCGGAGUAUUGGGAGGAGCAGACACGGAACGCCAAGGAUCACGCACAGAAUUUCCGAGGGAACCUGAACAACCUGCGCGGCUACUACAACCAGAGCGAGGCCGGGUCUCACACCCUCCAGUGGAUGUACGGCUGCGACGUGGGGCCGGACGGGCGCCUCCUCCGCGGGUACAGUCAACACGCCUACGACGGCGCCGAUUACAUCUCCCUGAACGAGGACCUGCGCUCCUGGACCGCGGCGGACACGGCGGCUCAGAUCUCCCGGCAGAAGUGGGAGGCGGCCGGUGAGGCGGAGCUUGACAGGAACUACCUGGAGGGCGAGUGUGUGAAGUGGCUCCUCAGACACCUGAAGAACGGGAAGGAGACGCUGCAGCGCGCAGAACCCCCAAAGAGUCACAUAAACCACCACUCCAUAUCUGACCAUGAGGUCACCCUGAGGUGCUGGGCCCUGGGCUUCUACCCUGCGGAGAUCACCCUGACCUGGCAGUGUGAUGGGGAGGACCUGACCCAGGACACAGAGCUUGUGGACACCAGGCCUGCAGGGGACGGGACCUUCCAGAAGUGGGCGGCUGUGGUAGUGCCUUCUGGAGAGGAGCAGAGAUACACAUGCCACGUGCAGCACGAGGGGCUGCCUGAGCCUGUCAUCCUGAGAUGGGAGCCGCCUCCUCAGUCCACCAUCCUCAUCAUGGGCAUCAUUGUUGGCCUGGUUCUCCUUGGAGCUGUGGUGGCUGGAGCUGUGAUGUGGAGGAAGAAGCACUCAGGUCAAAAAAGAGGGAGCUACAAACAGGCUGCAAGAAGUGACAGUGCCCAGGGCUCUGAUGUGUCUCUCACGGAUCCUAAAGUGUGAGACAGCUGCCUUGCAGGGGACUGAGUGAUGCAAGAUUUGUUGAUGCUCCUACUUGGUGAUUUCAAGAACCCUGACUGCUCUUUCUGCAACUGGUAUCUGCAUGUGUCUGCAUUCCUAUUAGCAUGAGAGGAGGUGAGAAGACUGGCCCACCCCCUGCCCACC